AUGUCCAGCCAAAGCAAAUACAAGUACUCGGACAUUGUCUUUGAGAUCAAGGGCAAGGUUGGGAUUAUCAAGCUCAACCGGCCCAAGGCCCUCAAUUCCUUUGGCGGGUCCCUCCUCCUCGACACCGUCCAGGCCCUGCGCGAGCUCAACGAACACCCAGACACCGUCUUCACCGUCCUCACGGGCGAGGGCAGGUUCUUUUCCUCGGGCGCCGAUGUCAAAGCUCACGCCAACAAACCGGACGUCGAAUUCCCGAGCCCGGCAGCAAAGAAAAUCGACUUUAUGGCCAAAAGCAGCACCAACGUCGAACUCCUCCGCUCCAUGAUCGACCAUAAAAAGGUCCUCGUGCUCGCGCUCAACGGUCCGGCGAUCGGCGCAGGCGCCGCCUGGUUCCCCGGUGUGGCCGACAUCGUCCUGGCCGCCGACGCGGCAUACCUCCAGGUGCCGUUCAGCGCGCUGGCCCUGGUGCCCGAGUACGGUUCGGCCACGUCGUUUGCGCACUCGAUCGGCCCCCGCCGCGCCAACGACAUCCUCAUGCUCGGCCGCAAGGUCACCGCCCAGGAACUCGAGCAGUGGGGGCUGGUCAACCGCGUCUUCCCCACCCAGGGCUUCCACCAAAAGGUCGACGAGUUCCUCGCCGAGCAGCUCGCCGUCAACGACGGCAAGUCCAUGAUGGAGGCCAAGCGCCUGCAGAACCUCGCCCUGCGGCGGGACAGGAUGCUCGCCGUCCACGAGGCCGCCGACGCCCUGGCCGAGAGGUUCGUCGAGGACGCCCCGAAGCAGAGGUUCGCCGAGAAGAGUCGGUUGUUGCUCGAGAAAUCAAAGUCUCGCUCGAAAUUGUAA